AUUUCAGUGUUAAGCUAAUUUCCAUCUGUUAAACAUCACCUUUUAUGUCAAAUAUGGCAUAAGCGACGUUUCACAUAAAUCAUGUCUGUUGUAAAAAUACAGUUCAUACAGAGCUUUUGCUAAGAGCCGUUAGUACAUACAAUAUCAAUGCAUCUUGUUUACUUUGUAUCGUGUUGCAAAGAGCUUGUUUAAAAAGCACCUAGGGCUGUCCAACAUAAGUCAACUUGUGUGAAUUAUCACUAAGGAUAUUGCAAUAGUCAUGGAAACAUGCAAAUUAGUCACACUUUAUUUUGACUUGCUUUCAAUCAGUGUCAAGAUGAGUGGCAAAUUACACUCCCAAUUUUGGAUUUAGAUAAAACUAAGUUUAGUGGUCAAUUGUACGGAAUAUGUACUGUACUGUGCAGUCUACUAAUAAAAGUUUCAAACCUGAACAGUUUUUUCCCCUCGGCCAUCAGGCACAUGAACAAUAGCUCAGUCUACUCAGUGGCCUGGUGGUUAGAGUGUCCGCCCUGAGAUUGGUAGGUUGUGAGUUCAAACCCUGGCCGAGUCAUACCAAAGACUAUAAAAAUGGGACCCGUUACCUCCCUGCUUGGCACUCAGCAUCAAGGGUUAGAAUUGGGGGUUAAAUCACCAGAAAUCAUUCCCGGGCGUGGCACCCUGAUGCCCACUGCUCCCCUCACAUCCCAGGAUGUGGAACAAGGGGAUGGGUCAAAUGCAGAUGACACAUUUCACCACACCUGGUGUGUGUGUGACAAUCAUUGGUACUUUAACUCAGUUAUUACCUAUUCUGUUAUGUGUUUUAUGUUGCAUGAUUGCACCAAGUUAAAUUCCUAGUUUGUGAACCUGUUCUUAAGCAAUGGCAACAAAAAACUAUUCUGAUUCUGACUAAUAAACUAAGAUUAACCCAAAUUUAAAAAAAAAAUUGACUACGCUACUAUGAAUCAUAAAUUACUAGUAGCACAGUAACCUUGUUUUUUUCUUUUUUUUCCCUCCAGCAGGACAUAAUGUUUAUUUUUUUUCCUUCUGUAAGCUGCACGAAAAAUGUCAAAGAGAACAAGGGCAGACAAAGUCAGACUCGGCGUGACAGAGGAAGUUUUGAUACUGAGAAACAAACCCGAGUCUUUUCCUCUCGCUCUCGGUUGUGUCGAGGCUGGCUUUGUGUGACCUUUUGAGACCUUUUUUUUUUUUCUUCUGCGGCGUUGCCGUAACGUGUUACACACAAACACCAAACUCCUCCACGAACCUGCCCGCGCAAAUGAAUAAGAAAGGCGAGUAGUGAAAAUGAAUAACAAAAUAUGUAGUACUCCUCUGCGUCUUUCUUUUUUUAACGCAUUGUGCUUGAAGUACGUUGUAACUGUUGCUACUAGUUAUUAUUAUAAUUUGUUUUAUUUCUCUAAAAACAGAAUGAGUUAAGUUCAUAAAAGGGAAUUUAAAUCAAAAUGUAUAAAAGUUCAUAAGAAGGCUUUAUUUAAGUUACUAUGGUUAAAAAUGUAAUUUCAUGCCUUUUUGUUGGGUUUGUGGGCAUGCAUUUGUUUUGAAGUGUCUCGAUUAGUCUGUGAACGGAUAUAAGGAAGCUACUUCCGGGUAUGAGUGAACAUCUGUUUGAUGCAAUGAGAAGGGAUAAAGAGAGCGACUGAUGGUAACAAGGACUAAAAAGUGUCAAAAGGACUUUCAGCGUUUGGGCUACAAGAGCCAGAAGAUCACAAUUUCCUCCUAAAAGAAGCAUGCAGGCCAACGGGAUCACGGCGAUGAUGUGAGAGGCUGACAGAGUCGAAGAGGGCAGGCGAGUCAGACCCAACAACCACAAAAGCUGGAACAUCAAGUGCAACGUGAGGCUGUGCAGAUCCGAGAUGCACUUUCUCGCUUUUUGCUGCCUAACUUCCAAUAUUUAUCCGAUUGCAAUAACAUUCAUUUUGACAAAUGCUGGGCUGUGUGCAGAUUAAACGAGAGAAUUUCCUGGAAGCUCCUUGAAAUGAGGACCGACACUCUCCGAAAAAAAGUUAAACACCAUGGAGGACAUCUCAUACGCUCCCCGCUUUGCCAAUUUCCAUCCUCCUCAUGCAUCCUUCCACCUCACCCAGAGCCCCGAGGUGGACUCCCCCCAGUGGUACGGCGGUAGCGCAACCUCCUUUCCUUCCUGGAGGAGGACAGGGGACACGUGUGCAGAGGACAUUCACACAAGUGAGCACUUUGCGGACGCUUGGGAGCCGUGUGAGGACAUCUACGGCAAUGGAGACGGGCGUGAGAACGGGACUUUUAACGGCUACUACGACAAACCGAGGAGAAUGUCCUUCAGGGGAGCUGAGAGGACUUGGGAUGGUGCGUCCUUCCCUCAGGAAGACAUGGACCAACUGCCAUGGCUCCAUUCCUCUUCAGUGGGCCAGUUGCCUUCAACGUCAACUCCUCAGAAACUGGACUCCUUCUCUGAAGCCUUCCUCUCCCGGCGCAGGAGCACAUUCCCACAGCUUUUCCACCGACAAUCUUCUGGACCCAUCAACCCUGAAGUGGUGAACAACACGCUCGUAUUAAAGCAGAAGUGUGUCCCUCCUUCUCCUCAACCCUCUCACCUCAGGUCCCCAGUGUUUGAUCCCCCACAGGAAAUAUUACCGCCCAUCUUGAUGGAUUUCGCCAGUCCCUCGUCAGGAGGAGAAGCCAAGUGUGGAACUUUGGACUUUUUUGCCGCCCACUUUCCGUCCUUGUCGUCGCUCUACUCCAGCGUGAUGUGGCAAUUUCCUGUCGUGCGGGACGGACAAGACAGCAUGGAGGGACACCUGAGCGCUUCACUUGCUGGAGACUACCACAGCAUCAUACCCUUUCCACAUCCCGAGUUAGCGUUCCAACCACACAGCGUCCCAUCACAGGCACCUCAACAUGGUGAAGCAGCAGCAAGUCAACCUUUCCUCACCCGCCGUACACCCGUGACGAAUCAGAACUACACCGGAACUCCUUUUCUCAGCAUCUUUCGCCCCGGCACGGACACAAUGAGAAGGCACUACACUCCCCGACCUCUCCUCAAUCCAGGCCGGCGAGGGACAGGGCUCUACUCCUCCCUCCCAUCACUCCAUCCUAGAGAGGAGGAAACGGCAGAAGAGGAGAAGACUGACUUAGGCGCGACUGCACGGGUCAACACAGGCAAGGAGUUCCAGGCAGAACUCCCCCCUGAGCAGUCCAGGGCAAGGUCACCGGACAAGGAGUUGAACCGUGAAGAGUUGCUGUGGCAGCCGCAGAGAGAGCUGGCAGAGAGUGGCGCCUUGCAAGACCAAGUGGAGAAGCUGCUGUUGCUGUGUAGUUCCAGCUGCCUACCAGGAGGGGGCAGCAACACGGAGCUGGCGCUGCACUGUCUCCAUUCCUGCAAGGGCGACAUAGUGGCCACGCUGGAGAUGCUCCUGCAAAAGCAGGCUUGGCCUACAGGGGACUACCACUACUCAGGUAGUGACUUUUGGAGUGACCAUGAAAAGAGUGACUUCAACACAGCCCUGAACACGUAUGGAAAAAACUUUACACGCAUUCGCCAAAUGGUGAAGACCAAGACAACACACCAGUGUGUGGAGUUUUACUACAAUAACAAGAAACUUCAAGACAAAUGGAGAAAACAAGAAGAGCAGGAGAAGCAGCAGGAAAAGUUCAAGGAGGUCCAUUACCCUUGCAAGCAGUGCGGCAAAAUUUUCUUCAAGAUUCAGUCACGCAACGCUCACAUGAAGAUCCACCGGCAGCCUCAGGAGGACUUGACUGACGAGUUCACUCGGCAUUUUGCCGUCAAUCACCCACACCCUCUGGAAGCACCACCUGUGUCGUUUCCGUGCGCAGACAGUCUGCUCACCCUAAAUCUUGCUGACAUCUGCACAUCAGAACACGUCUUAAACGGCAGCUCUGACUCUCAAGUAAGAACUAUCGCUGAUGCCGGAGGCUCAAAACUAACAGAAACCCAACCGUCUGCCCUCGCGUUUGACCAGUCGUGGGCUUGCUUUGACGAUCUGUUCUGCGAGAGUUCACAGGAGGUAGGGAGAGCUCAGGCGGGUGAGACCAAAGAGCCAAUCGGCUGGUUCUAGUCAUAACCUUGCCUUAAAAAUCAGGGUGUCUAAAAUUUUUACAUCAAGGACUGCAUGGUUAAAAAAAAACAAAAGAAAAAAAACAAAGAAUGCACGGGUAUACAGUGGGGCAAAAAAUUAUUUAGUCAGCCACCGAUUGUGCUAG